AGGAAAGUGAUGUUAUGAAGUAGAAAAGGACAAAAAGAGGUGAUUAUCAAGCGAUAAUGUUACUGUACAUUAGCAGUCCAACAUUCAUUGGACGGACAUUUGUGAUAUCAUGCAGCAGUAAAGAUUCCAUCGCUCGUCUUAAAGCAAACAUUCUCCACAUUCUUUACGAAAUGGGCCGAGGAUCCCACCAGUUUCGUCUGAAGUUCAAAAGCCAGUACUUAAAGGACUCUUCGACAAUUGAGGACUACGGCAUUAUUGAUAGCCACGUGAUCAACAUGAUUCCACUGUCCAACAAGUCCUUUACUGAGCACCCUCUCAUGUCCUCAGCUUCAUCACUUCAAUCAAGAGAGAAUGAAGACACUUUACAACGGAUGCUGUUCAGGGAAGUUAAUACAUUGAAACGGCGAGAGAAGCUAUGCAACGAGAUGCAGGUCUGGAUCUGGGCUCUGUUCGUGUUUGGUUUUAUAACAUUCCUCACCGAAUAUUGGUACACAGGGUUCUACAAAUGUGUUUUUGCUAUCUUGGCUCUCUACUUCACUCCCAAAUACACACGACUCUCUGGGUUUUAUCUCCGAAUGAACGAAAGGAAUGAUUUACGGAUACUGGUGAUCUCACUCUUUGCUCUAGCAAUGUUCUUAUCUAACCUCGGAUUGCUAACAAGCUUACACGAGAACAUUUGCCCCUACAUUACUGAACUACCAUCCCUACCCUGCUCGGAGAUCGUCUACUUCUCUUUUGCACUUUAUGUUCUCGAAUCAAUCGGUUACUUUGGAUUUUUCGUGCUGGCUACACUACUGAGCUGGAAUUUCAAGUUCCAGAUUGGAAACUACAUCGAACCGGUGCUUGUGGAAAUAAGAGACAUUAAGUACAUAUUUGCAGCAGCAAAAAGUAAAAGUGUAAAAGAGCAAAGAAGUGCUGGGUUGGAUCUGGCGAACCUAGCCGCUUCCAGUGUAGACAACAAGUUCGCUUUAGUUGCUGAGGGAGGAUUACAGGUCCUGAUAGACCUAGCAUUAUCAGAAGAUGAAGGUAUCCGAGGAUAUGCAAUUGAAGCUAUUUCAGAACUCCUCACCAUAAAAUCUAUUCAGAACGAGUUUGUUGAAAUAGGAGGAGUGAACACACUAAUGUUCGCUCUACACUCCACUGAUACCCACAUAGUUAAAGAGAGCUUGCUGGCUAUUUGUCAACUUUGUCAAGAUAACGAGGAUGUUAUGGUUCAUGUGCUCGGUGAAAAUGGGAUGGAUGACCUGUGUCACGUGAUCAACACAUGUAGGAUGGACUGUGUCAGACUUGUAGCGGGCAUCUUCCUUGAUGUUAGCUUCUGUGAUAAUUUACGGGGGGAGCUACUGAAACAUAGGAAAUACGUGCCAGUAUUUGAACGGAUGAUCAGGUGUUCUGACGCUAUCACCCAACAACUUUGUUUACAAACACUAGAGAUGAUAGCCCUUACUUCACCUGCAGCUAUCACAGCUCAUACAUCCUUUAUUGCUCCGUUGUUAGCGAGCAUCAGUAAAGGGUCUGACGUUCAAGUGAAGACGAUAUCAGCAAAACUUCUACUUUACUUCGUGGAUAAUACCGAGACGAUGAAAGAUGUACUGAAGUGCAGUGUGGACAUUAAAGAAGUUCUGCUUAAACUGGUUACCAACCAGGAUAAUAUUAUGCAGUGUGUUGCCGCAAAGAUCCUCUUUCUAUUGGUGGAAAAUGACAGGGAGUUGCUGUAUGAUGACAGAACUAUGGAUCUGGUCCAGUCUCUCAGAAUAAACGCAGUUGACCAGGAGGCCUGGAUGUUGAGUGACAAGAUCCUGGUAAUGAGGGACGGGGUUAGUGUACAGUAAAACUCCGAUUUACUGCACCCCGAUAUACUGCAGCUGUUUUCUUCCCCAAAGCCAAACUCCGCGGAAAAUCGGGGGUUAGUGACACAAGAUAACCGCUCCACUCUGAUGACUGUGAUCACUACUAUUAUAUGAGUUUUCUUUACGGAGACAACAAAUUACUUUUUGCGUUCAGUAGCCCCCGUGAAAAGCUAAGGUAUAGAGUGAUUACUCAGUAAGAGUAGAGAACGCUUAAGUUCCACUUUUUGCAUGUCGAGUAGAUUUGCGAUGCCUCAUAUAGACUACUGAGAUACAGUAUGGUUUGCUGUGCUACUUUAGAUACAUACCCAACAAUAUUAUAUUCAUUGUUAGCUUUUUAUUGAUUUGAUAUUUGACCCAGAAUUGAGUUUACAAUUAGUAGUCGUUUGCAACCAUGAUUUUUAUUCUUAUUUAUAAAGUUUAUUUUAAUAUUUUAUAGACUGUUGUAUUUUUAAAUGAGAAAUUGACUGGCGAAUUAAUCAAUUAGAACUGUGACUGUGUCAGAUCAGGCUUAAUUGAAAUAUGAGUUGUAAAUAAUA